AAAAAUGUUUGAAACAUAAUUUUCACUUGAUCAACAAGAACUGGAAACACAAUAAUCAUUGCCUAUCCUCGAAUCCUUUCCAUCUUCUCCUAUUAUCUAAUUAAGAAUUGAUACUUUAGAAAGUAUUUUACGAUUCAACAUUUAAGAAGAGGAAUCUUCAAUGAAUGAAUUAGGCUCUUAAUAUGUUAUUCAUUUAGAUAUCAAUGACUCCAUCGAGUAGAAAUAAUGCCUCAAAGAUAUUGUUAAUACCACCUAUCAUCCAUCCAGAUUAUUUGGAAAAAAACAUUAUUAAGCCUAUUAAAGAUUAUGUUGGAAUGAAUUAAUGGGAAUUAACAAUAUUGAAGAACUUUCGGAGGAAUCAUUUGAAGAAGGCUAGGGUAUACGAAAUAAUAUACUUUCAACCUUAGCUCAAAUAUAAUCUACAUUAAUAUAUUAGGAUUAGGAGGAAAGAAAUCCAGCAGGGCAUAAUAUUAAGUCAAAUUAGUAGAUUUAAUCUGAGGGGUGUAAUUUAAAUAACAUUUCUUUGGCAUCUGAAUCUAUUUCUGAUACAGAAUUAGAUAAUGAAUACAAGAAUGAUGUAGAACAAAAGAUACAAAAUUAUAAUUCAAAUUGUAAUAUUUUGGAAAAAUUCACAGCUUAAUAUAAAUCAUAAAGCCAAAUUGAUAAUUUCUGAUACUAAUAAGAUUGAAUAUGAACAUUUAUAU